CGUUUACGCACACGCUUCAGAUUUGAAUUUACCGGUUGCGUCAGAUGAGAUGUUUUUCUCCGUUUACGAUUGUGUAGCUUCUAGGUUAUAUUACAAAUGAUUUAGUUUGAUUUUGUGUGCGAUUUUUGGACACAAACUUAACAGAAUGGUGGAAACAGAGACGAGAGAAAUAUGCUUAAAAUUUAUAAAGACCAUCAAGAAGUCAAAAAACACGAAAUUUCUUGAGUUUGCCACAUGUCUCACUACAUUAGAUGAGGAAGCAAGCACAAGAGGAUUAGAUGAUGAUAUUUUUACUCAGCUUGCAAAUGUUAUUAUAGAUGAACAUAUAAACAUGGGUGCCAUUAGACAGGUGUCACUGAUAAAAUGUCUUAUUCCGAAGUACAAAGUAUCUGAGAAAAUAGUAAAGUCUAUAAUCACCUGGUAUCUUUCUUCAUUGAAUCGUUUGCCAUUUACAGUUUGUAUCAUUGUCAUACAAUGGAUCAUAGGUAUAUGGAAUUAUGAAUUAGUAGAUAGAAAAGUAAUCAACACAUAUUAUGAUGUCUUCUUCUAUGUUAUGCUCAAGAAACAGAAACUGGAACGUCAGAUAGCGCGUCUUAUCUAUGUGCUGACGAGACCAGAAGAUGUUACUCGCAGAGAUGUCACAAGAUUAUUAGCACUUCAAAAAAAUUAUUCUAAACCUCAGACACAUAUUACUGCAUUACUUUCUUUAUUUAAAUCAUAUAAACCUGAAUUGGUGCCUGAGAAAAUACAGUCAGUAAAUAUAGAAAGUGUAUGGAAACCUAUACCUGAAUUCAUACGAUUACCAUUAGAAGAUGCCAGAGAUCGCGCGGAAAUCCAACAAUCUUGGCAAAGCACUCAAACUCGUUUUAAUUGGAAUGUAAUACAGUCUACAAAGAAGAAGAAAAGGAUACUUCUACCAUCUGUUGGUUAUUUUCACAUUGGUUCAAGCAUUUUUAAAGAUAAAUAUGCAAAAUCGAUUUUUGAUAUAAGCAGUACAGAAGAAUUAGGAAAGUAUCAACAAAAUGUUGAAUUACCUUGCAAUGCUGUUUCACUUUUGGCAAAUAUGGUUGGUUACCAUCUUCUUACAUACGCAGAUUUUCAGUACCAAAGUAGAUUUUCCUACAAUCUUUAUAAUACUCUUACAAGAGCAUUUAUUCUGGAAAAUGGAAAGUUUUCUGAGGAAGAAAUGGAUACAUUUUUAACUAUGACAGUCGAAUUUUCUCGAUACAUGCAAGAAGGAAUACUUAUAGUUAAACUGUUCUUUGAUGAAUAUUUAUAUUACAAUUCAGGAGACCAUCUGCUAAAGUUACUUGAUUUGUUGCAAUGGAUGACUUCUAUAUCAGUAACUGAAUUACGAGAAAACAUUUUGAUACAUGUGCAGAAUAUAUUUUACGAAUCAAGUUUAAAUAUGAAAUGUAAAAUAAUUAGAUCUCUGCAGAAACUAAUUACAAACUUGUUUGUAAGACAAGGACUCGAAGAACAGGGUCAAUAUGCAUCGUCUUUUUUGCGACAAGGUCCACUAGAAGAUUUAGCAGAAAUUGUACAUGUGCUUACAACGAUAUUAGAAAAUCUUAUUGUUUCUGGAUUAAACAUACAUAAUUACAAUGUUAUAUUGCUAUCAGAAAUUUUGGCAUUUUAUGAAGAGAUCUGUACAUUAGAAAGCCGUAGUAAUGUGUCUUGGACAUUGCCGCCACCGGCAGUUAUUUACGGAGCAUUUAUUACGAAAAGUUGUGCUAUCCUGUCAAGAGUUUGUAGAUUACUACUACGAUAUCGUGAAAUGAGUUCACAUUUAUAUCAGAUUAUGCCAUCUGACAUAUACCAAGACAAAGUUCAUGUUAUAUCUAUUUAUGCAAAUGAUAUUCAUAAAGCAUUAUGGUAUGACAAGCCUUUCAGUGACCGAAAGAAUGGUAUCCUUCUGAAAAAUUUUUCAAAAAAAAUGAUCGACGAUUUAGAAGAUUGUAAUCUAGACACCUUAUUAAACAUCAGCAAUCAUUAUGCGAUAUUAUUUUACAAAUACACAAUAAACAAAUCAGGCCUAAAGAUAAGUACAAAAGAGGAUGCUAAAACUAUGGCCUUUUAUUAUUAUCCUGCAAUAAAUGAAUUUCUCGCUGCAUUUCAUGAAUGAUGUAUUUCAAACUUAAAAAAGAAAAAAAUACAUCAUAUAUUUGUAAUGUGUUUCUAUAUAAUAUCAAUGGUAAAUUAAUUAUCAAGUAAAUGUACAAAGUGAUUGAAAAGUAAGUUAUUGAUAUUGUAUUUCUCAAUAUAUUUUUCUAUUUUUUUCUUUCUACGAAUAAAAAGUUUUUAGAAAUGUCUUAUUGAGUAAAAUUUAUUUUUAAUGUAAUUUAUUUGACUCUGAUUAUAUAAAGUCAUACAAGAUAUUUAAAUGAAAUAAAAAGAGUUUAAAAUAAA